CGGUGAACAAAACAUUUGAACACCAGAAUUGACCACUUCACACGACGUACAUAUAGCGAGAAACCAGUCGCAGGAAAGACUGAUCAGACAGAAGCACAAAGCCACAGACAUGGCUGACAUAGCUCACAGGAGAGUCCGAACGAAUGGGAUAUGGAUGCACAUAGCAGAGAAAGGAGAUGGGCCUCUGGCUCUGCUCAUCCAUGGCUUCCCCGAAAUCUGGUCCACAUGGAAGCACCAGAUCCAUCACUUGGCCGAGCACGGGUACCACGUCGUCGCCCCAGACAUGAGGGGCUACGGGGACUCGGACUGCCCUGCCGAUCCGGCAUCGUACACUAUCCUCCACCUGGUUGGCGACUUGGUCGGCCUUAUCGACGCGCUCGGUCAUGAUCAGGCGUAUGUGGUGGGUCAUGACUGGGGCGCGGAAGUAGCAUGGCACCUUUGCCUCCUCAGGCCGGAUAGAGUAAAGGCGCUCGUUAACUUGAGCGUACCUUAUCGACCACGGUCCCCGCAAUUGAAGCCGGUCGAAUACAUGACCGAAAAGUUUGGUGACGGGCUCUACAUUACUCAGUUUCAGGAACCAGGAAGAGCUGAGAAGUCGUUUGCCAAGUAUGACUGUUUGACGGUAUUGAAGAAGUUUUUACUGGUGAACGGUCCCGAUCUCCUGGCUGCUCCACCGGGUGUCGAGUUCAUCGAUUUCCUCGAAACCCCAGAUUCAUUGCCGCCGUGGACCACCGAAGAGGAGCUUCAGUACAAGGCAGAGAAGUUCCGGAGCUCCGGUUUCACCGGGGCAUUGAACUACUACCGCGCCAUGGACAGGAACUGGGAGCUGCUCGGGCCAUGGCAAGGCGCGAGAAUAAGCGUCCCCGCGAAAUUCAUCAUCGGGGAUAAGAAUGUCGGGUUCCAAUCAUUCGGGACCAAAAGUUACAUCGAGAGCGAAAUCCUCAAGGGGCUCGUGCCUGGUCUCCAGGUUCUGGUCAUUGACGGCCACCAUUUUAUCCAGGAGGAGAGGGCGGAGCUAGUCACUGCCGAGAUCCUGUCCUUCUUCGGCGAGAGAUCUGGGAAUUGAGUGCUGCCGGCCAAUUGGGUCCGGUGGGAUUCGAUUAGACGGAUUCGAUUUACGUUUAUGUAUGAGGUAGUCUUCGGACGGUUUGAUGAUUUCCGUUGGAUGUUGGGAUCAUGUAACCCACCCUUUGCAUGAUUUUCACUUCGUGGGACGGUGUUCAUUUAAUGGUUUAAACACGGGUCCCGCAUCA